AUGGGGCUUUUGUUCAUUUUGUCUGCUUCUGCUACCAUUUUCCUCUUGGUGAUUCCUAGAGAUUCAUGUGUGGAUAUCAUUGGAGGGGUUGAAGUGAUUCCACAUUCAAGACCAUAUAUGGCCUUAAUCAAAUGGAAUGAAUAUUGUGGAGGAGCUUUGAUCAAAGAAAAUUGGGUAUUAACUGCAGCCCAUUGUAAAAUUGAUAAAGGCAAAGUUCUUCUUGGAGCUCAUUCAAUUUCAGAGAAAGAGGAAGAACAACAGACUUUUAAAAUUUCAAGAGCAGUUCGCUACCCAUGCUAUAAUGAACAAGAAAAAGAAAAUGAUAUUAUGCUUUUGAAGCUGCAAAAGAGAGCUAAAAUUAAUAAAGCUGUGAAAACCAUUAAGCUACCGAACACAGACACUGAUCCCAAACCAGGAACAAUGUGCCAAGUAGCAGGAUGGGGAAUAAUUAAGAAUGGACAACGUAAGCCUUCUAAUAUCCUAAGGGCAGUCAAUAUCACUAUCAUCGACAGAAGAAUCUGCAAUGAUCAGAAUCACUAUAAUUAUAAUCCUAUUAUAACAAAGAACAUGGUGUGUGCUGGCGAUAAGAAUGGUGGAAGAGACUCAUGUACUGGGGAUUCUGGUGGUCCUUUGAUAUGUAAUGGUGAAUUGACAGGCAUCACCUCCUUUGGCAAGUUAAAGUGUGGUACUAUCCAAGGCCCAGGUGUCUACGCUCGUCUUACAAAGACACAUCUCCUCUGGAUAAAGAAAACCAUAGGGGGGGAUUUAGAGACUGAAUCAGUCACUGACUGAUUUUCUGAUGCUCAGUCAAUAUGAUCAGAGUAUUACUCAGUAGCUUCAUGUACAUACUGUGGUUGAAGUUGUAAUUUCACUAUCAGCCCCCUCAGUGGUUUAUAACAUUCCCAUCAGAAUUCAGUUUGGGACACAAAUUUCCUAUGUAUGUUUUUAGCAAAGAAAUUGUCUUAAUCCUAGGACAAGGUGAGCAUAGCAUUCUCCUAUAACAGUACAGGACCUGUAGUGUCAGACACAGAGGGAUUCCAUAGAUGCUUCAUGACUCUGGAACUGAAUAUUCUUCACCCUUACG